CAACAAAGACGCGCCGUGCGCGCGCGCGUCGGAGAAAAACACGGGAAGACGUGCGCGUGCGCGGCCGCCGCUGGGAGCCACCAGGCGGCGGAGAGGACAGCGACAGGAAGGGAGGGGCCCGAGCCACCGACUGCAGGAGGAGAAGGGGUUGUGCUCCUGGCCGAGGAAGGAGAAAGGGGCGGGGCCGGCGGGCAGCGUGCGGCGGUGCGGAGCUCCUGAGACCGGCGGGCACACGGGGGUCUGUGGCCCCCGCCGUAGCAGUGGCUGCCGCCGUCGCUUGGUUCCCGUCGGUCUGCGGGAGGCGGGUUAUGGCGGCGGCGGCAGUGAGAGCUGUGAAUGAAUUCUCCGGGUGGACGAGGGAAGAAGAAAGGCUCCGGCGGCGCCAGCAACCCGGUGCCUCCCAGGCCUCCGCCCCCUUGCCUGGCCCCCGCCCCUCCCGCCGCCGGGCCGGCCCCUCCGCCCGAGUCGCCGCAUAAGCGGAACCUGUACUAUUUCUCCUACCCGCUGUUUGUAGGCUUCGCGCUGCUGCGUUUGGUCGCCUUCCACCUGGGGCUCCUCUUCGUGUGGCUCUGCCAGCGCUUCUCCCGCGCCCUCAUGGCAGCCAAGAGGAGCUCCGGGGCCGCGCCAGCACCGGCCUCGGCCUCGGCCCCGGCGCCGGUGCCGGGCGGCGAGGCCGAGCGCGUCCGAGUCUUCCACAAACAGGCCUUCGAGUACAUCUCCAUUGCCCUGCGCAUCGAUGAGGAUGAGAAAGCAGGACAGAAGGAGCAAGCUGUGGAAUGGUAUAAGAAAGGUAUUGAAGAACUGGAAAAAGGAAUAGCUGUUAUAGUUACAGGACAAGGUGAACAGUGUGAAAGAGCUAGACGCCUUCAAGCUAAAAUGAUGACUAAUUUGGUUAUGGCCAAGGACCGCUUACAACUUCUAGAGAAGAUGCAACCAGUUUUGCCAUUUUCCAAGUCACAAACGGACGUCUAUAAUGACAGUACUAACUUGGCAUGCCGCAAUGGACAUCUCCAGUCAGAAAGUGGAGCUGUUCCAAAAAGAAAAGACCCCUUAACACACACUAGUAAUUCACUGCCUCGUUCAAAAACAGUUAUGAAAACUGGAUCUGCAGGCCUUUCAGGCCACCAUAGAGCACCUAGUUACAGUGGUUUAUCCAUGGUUUCUGGAGUGAAACAGGGAUCUGGUCCUGCUCCUACCACUCAUAAGGGUACUCCGAAAACAAAUAGGACAAAUAAACCUUCUACCCCUACAACUGCUACUCGUAAGAAAAAAGACUUGAAGAAUUUUAGGAAUGUGGACAGCAACCUUGCUAACCUUAUAAUGAAUGAAAUUGUGGACAAUGGAACAGCUGUUAAAUUUGAUGAUAUAGCUGGUCAAGAUUUGGCAAAACAAGCAUUGCAAGAAAUUGUUAUUCUUCCUUCUCUGAGGCCUGAGUUGUUCACAGGGCUUAGAGCUCCUGCCAGAGGGCUGUUACUCUUUGGUCCACCUGGGAAUGGGAAGACAAUGCUGGCUAAAGCAGUAGCUGCAGAAUCGAAUGCAACCUUCUUUAAUAUAAGUGCUGCAAGUUUAACUUCAAAAUACGUGGGAGAAGGAGAGAAAUUGGUGAGGGCUCUUUUUGCUGUGGCUCGAGAACUUCAACCUUCUAUAAUUUUUAUAGAUGAAGUUGAUAGCCUUUUGUGUGAAAGAAGAGAAGGGGAGCACGAUGCUAGUAGACGCCUAAAAACUGAAUUUCUAAUAGAAUUUGAUGGUGUACAGUCUGCUGGAGAUGACAGAGUACUUGUAAUGGGUGCAACUAAUAGGCCACAAGAGCUUGAUGAGGCUGUUCUCAGGCGUUUCAUCAAACGGGUAUAUGUGUCUUUACCAAAUGAGGAGACAAGACUACUUUUGCUUAAAAAUCUGUUAUGUAAACAAGGAAGUCCAUUGACCCAAAAAGAACUAGCACAACUUGCUAGAAUGACUGAUGGAUACUCAGGAAGUGACCUAACAGCUUUGGCAAAAGAUGCAGCACUGGGUCCUAUCCGAGAACUAAAACCAGAACAGGUGAAGAAUAUGUCUGCCAGUGAGAUGAGAAAUAUUCGAUUAUCUGACUUCACUGAAUCCUUGAAAAAAAUAAAACGCAGCGUCAGCCCUCAAACUUUAGAAGCGUACAUACGUUGGAACAAGGACUUUGGAGAUACCACUGUUUAAGGAAAUACCUUUGUAAACCUGCAGAACAUUUUACUUAAAAGAGGAAACACAAGAUCUUCAAUGAACAGUCAUCGGCUACAGAAACAGCCUAAGUUUACAGGACUUUUUAGAGUCUUACAUAUUUGUGCACCAAACUUGAAGAUGAACCAGAAAACAAACUUAAACAAAAUAUACAAUGCAAAUGGAAUUUUUUGUUGUUUAAGGCCUUGCCUUGAUGGUCACAGUUAUCCCAAUGGACACUAAGUUAGAGCACAACAAAACCUGAUUCUGGUCUUCUUUACCAAUAUAAUCAUAAUGUAAAUAAUAAUUUGUAUAUUGUGUUGCAGAUGAAAGUAUUCCAGAAACAGUGAAUGGUAGAAGACACAAGAACAUUUGUUUGUUUGUCUUCUGAUGUUUUUUCUUAAAAUAGUAAUUUCUCCUACUUUUCUUUUCUACUGUUGUCUUAACUACGGGUGAUUGGAAUGCCAAACACUCUUAAGUUUAUUUUCUUUUUUCGUUUUAUAAAUUCAGUGUGCCAAAUGAAACUUUUUUCCUAAGUAACUGUAAUAGGAAAAAGUUUAUUUUGAGAGUUUGUUCUUCAUAAAUCUACAGACAUUAAACAAUUGUUGUGUUCUUUUUACCUUUUAUUUUUCUAUUACCUUGCUACCAAACAGUUUAGAUAGCAAUAUAAUAGCAAAAAAGCAGAUAUGGUAAAAUAGAGAAGGUUUGAAGGUUUGAGUUACUCUGUCAUAUAACAUGUAGAUCGGUCUUCAUGUGACCUGCAGUAUUUUUUUUUCUAAUGUAUUUGUCAGAAAUCUAUUGUAGACUGUUAACUUCUUCCUGAUGGAACUUAUUUUCUGCAAGAAUUAUUCUGAUAUUUAAGAGAGCCAAUUUUAACUGCUGUGAAAAUGUUUCCAGUGCAAGAGAAGGGAAAUACUAGGAACUAAGACAUUUCUAAUUUAUUGCUUAUUACUUUCUUAAUUUUACAGGAUAAUUAUAAGCAAGUGGAACUACCAUCUUUUAUUCUUAAUAAUUAUUAAUCCCUUCAAUGAAACUUCAAAAAAACUGAAUUUUUAUACAUGGCAUACAUUUUUCUAGUUCCUUCUGCUUGCUUUAUUAACUCAAAAGUUCUAGUUCUAGUCUGUUGAUCUGCCUUUUGUUCUCCCAAAAUGUACAGUAAUUCCAUUUGUUUGUAUAAAUAUGCCUGGAUUUUCAUUAUAAAAAUGUCAUUGUAGGGAGUAGAGCCUCAUAUCAUGGCCUUUUAAAUAUUGUAAUAAAGGCAAAUAGAUAUUUGCCCUUAGUUUACUGGUUAAAAGUUUGUUUACAGAACUUUUCUCUGGUGCUUAAAUGAUGCUAUGUAAAAUGUCAUGAGUGGAAAGAAUAUUUGUAGUAGUAACAAGAAUUUUUCAUUUAGGAAAGAUUUCUUAGGUUUUGAAAGAAUACAUUAAAAUAAAAAACUUGCCCCUACUAGGUAAGAACUUUAUAAUGAAGACAUACAUUCUUCUUAAUUUUACUCUUGCUCUUGUUAAAGAUUUGUUUGAAUAUAGAAGAUGCAUGAUUUCUGUUUUGUUUUUUUUUUUUUUUUGAGACAGAGUUUCGCUCUUGUUGCCCAGGCUGGAGUGCAAUGGCGCAAUCUCGACUCACCGCAACCUCCGCCUCCCAGGUUCAAGCAAUUCUCCUGCCUCAGCCUCCCGAGUAGCUGGGCAUGCGCCACUACCCCAGCUAAUUUUGUAUUUUUAGUAGAGAUGGGGUUUCUCCAUGUUGGUCAGGCUGGUCUUGAACUCCUGACCUCAGGUGAUCCGCCUGCCUCGGCCUCCCAAAGUGCUGGGAUUACAGGCAUAAGCCACUGCGCCCAGCCAGAAGAUGCAUGAUUUCUUAGGAUCAUAUGUUGUUUGUAGCCAUAAGGUAAAUCAUGUCUCUUCCAAUCAUGACUUUGGAACUCACUAAAUAAUAAAAAUGAGAGUUGAGAUAAAUAGGGGAAAAAAAACUUUUUUUAAGCCAGAGCUAUGCAUAUGUUAGGUGAUGGGUAGUAUCCCUUUAAGGUCGCAAACAUUACAACAUCAAUUAUGAAAUACUGAUAACGAAAGGUAGUAAUGAAAUAUAUAUGAUGAAAAGAAUUGAGAAGUUCUAAAUUAAGACAUUUCAGUUAAGCUCAUAAAAUUGCAUUGUUUUCAUUUAAAAGGAGAUUAACGUUAUUGAUACUUGGAUAACUGGCUAAUCAUAUUAAAGGACUAUGUGGUUCCAGCUCAACUUUUAAUAUAUUGUCUCCUUUAAAACUAUCAUGAUUAUAAUUCUAUUGGGAAAGAUUUUUAGAUAACAAAGAUUUCAAAUGUUAAAAGAGAUAAAAGUCAGGUUAAUACUAUCUUAAACACUGAGUCAGAAAAUCAUUACUGUAUAGAAGUUGCUUUCCUGAUCAAGUCUGAACUUCAGUAGUGCUAGAGAACUAUUUUCUGUGACUUAACUCUAACCAAGUUUUAUUUUAAGCUGUUUCUUUGAUAGAAGGGCCAUGAAAAUAGAGUAAUGAUAUAGUAGGAGAUAAGGGAUUGGUUUGGUCUUUUUCAAUAAAGAUAGAAGUUGCUGAAGUUUUCUGAAUUAAUAAUGACUUAGAUUGUGACCUUUUAGAUUCGGUGUUGAGCUCUGUGUUGUAUUACUUCCUAAAAGAUAAUGCUUAAACAUUAAGCAUUAGUGUGCUCUUCAUGUUAAUAUGGCAGAGUUUUGUAAACUAAAUUAAAACUUACUGAUACAUUGGACUUUGAGCCAAGGGAAAGAAUGAGUACUAUCUUUCCAGAUAUCUUAAGGGUAAAAGCUUAUUCUAAGACAGUCUGUCCAUUGAGAAUAUUAGAUUUCUGACUUGCAAAUAUGUUUGUACUCCAGAAGAAUUAGAGGAAAAGCAGAUACUAGAAUUCUAAUUUAAUUACAUAUACAGCCGUCUUUGUUUAUAGUGUAGAAUUCUUUAUAUUUUGUACAAAAACUAAUUCUUUUGGUAAAAUGAACCAUUUACAGUUCGGUUUUGGACUCUGAGUCAAAGGAUUUUCCUUUAAAUGCUUGUCUCAAUUUUAGUCUGGUCUUUUGUACUUUUCUUCAGAAGAAAUGAAUUAAAGGGUACAGUUGCAUAAAGUGGGUUUUUAUCCUAAUGUAUUGGAAAUAAAUGAUAAACUUUA